UAUAGAAUCGGAGCAGCAGUGCUAGCGGGAAAUUAUAUACAAAUCAAAUCACAUUUCAGAUUUUCUCUUUUCUUCAGUUGCUCGUUCUGAGAUUAGAAUUCAAUUGUCUCUCCCUCCCAAGAAAGAAAAAGAAAGGAAAAAAAAAGAGAGAGAAGUAAAGAGAGAAUGGCGGGGGCGACUAAGGUAGCAAUCGAAGAUGUAGUGAAGCAAGUGGUAAGUGAAGACGAUGACGAACGAGAUACUUGCCACAUCGUUAUGCAGAGAUACUUCCUCCAAGAAUGGAAGAUCGUUAAGUCCCUUCUCGACGGCAUCGUUGCUGCCGGACGCGUCUCCGACUUCUCCUCUGUUCGCAAGAUCCGAUCCAUUCUGGACAAGUAUCAGGAACAAAGUCAACUGGUAGAGCCUUAUCUGGAGCACAUUGUUCCUCCCAUAAUGUUUAUUAUUCGCUCUCAAACCGCUGAACUAGGGGUGGCAUCAGAGGGAAUUCUUGAUGUGAUCAAACCUUUAUCCAUCAUAAUUUAUUCCGUCGUAACAGUCUGUGGUUAUAAGGCUGUCAUCAAGUUCUUCCCACACCAGGUUUCUGAUUUAGAACUUGCAGUCAGUCUCUUGGAGAAAUGUCACAACACUGAUUCUGGAACAUCACUGAGGGAAGAAAGUACAGGAGAGAUGGAGGCAAAAUGCGUGAUUCUACUCUGGCUUUCAAUUCUUGUGCUGAUUCCUUUCGAUUUAUCAUCUGUUGAUACUAGUAUGGUCGAUGGUAAUAAUGUUGACAGAGGAGAGCUGCCUCCCCUUGUACAAAGGAUUAUAGGGUUUGCAAAAGAUUAUUUGUCAAGUUCAGGUCCAAUGCGUACAAUCGCUGGAUUAUUGCUCUCAAGGCUUUUGACUCGCCCUGAUAUGUCAAAGGCUUUUUCCAGCUUUACUAAUUGGACCCAUGAAGUUCUAUCUUCUCAGACAAACGAUGUUACUGAUCAUUUCCGAUUAUUAGGUGCAGGAGAAGCUUUGGCUGCCAUUUUUAAGACUGGCAGCCCUAAACUGCUACUUGAAGUGGUUCCAACUGUUUGGAGUGACACAUCAGCUUUGAUGAAGUCGAACACUGCAGUUCGUAGUCCUUUACUUCGCAAAUUCUUAGUGAAGCUAUCUCAGCGGAUUGCACUUGCUUGCCUGCCUAACCGUCCACCAUCAUGGCACUAUGUGGGUAGAACUAGCACUCUUGGAGAGCAUAUCCCUUCAGGUGUCCCCAAAAGUGAUCAAGGCAAUGAUUCUUCAAAGAUUUUUUCUAACUCUUGCGACCAAGAUGAAUGCUGCCCUCAAGAGGAAGAUAUGGAUGUUCCAGAAAUAGUGGAAGAGAUUAUUGAACUACUGCUUUCAGGACUGAGAGACACGGAUACUGUUGUGCGCUGGUCUGCUGCGAAAGGUAUUGGUCGCAUUACUUCACACUUAACUUGCACACUUGCAGAUGAAGUCCUUGCAUCUAUACUGGAGCUAUUUUCACCUGGCGAGGGCGAUGGUUCCUGGCACGGUGGUUGCUUGGCCAUGGCUGAAUUGGCACGAAGAGGAUUACUUUUGCCCAUCAAUUUUUGUAAAGUUGUGCCAGUUGUUGUGAAGGCAUUACAUUACGACAUUCGAAGAGGUCCACACAGUGUUGGAUCCCAUGUACGUGAUGCUGCUGCAUAUGUUUGUUGGGCAUUUGGCCGCUCAUAUUAUCACACAGAUAUGAGAAGUGUACUUGAACAGCUGGCUUCCCACCUCUUAACCAUAGCUUGCUAUGACCGUGAGGUUAACUGCAGAAGAGCAGCAGCAGCUGCUUUUCAGGAGAAUGUAGGGAGACAAGGGAAUUUUCCCCAUGGCAUUGAUAUUGUGAAUACAGCUGAUUACUUUGCACUCUCUUCAAGGGUAAACUCCUAUCUCCAUGUUGCUGUCUGCAUUGCUGAGUACGAUGACUAUCUUCACCCUUUUGUGGAUGAAUUGCGGCAUAGAAAGAUCUGUCAUUGGGACAAAGGUUUGAGAGAGCUUGCAACAAAUGCUCUUUCUGCCCUUGUAAGAUACAAGCCUGAUUAUUUUGCGGGUGUCAUUGUUGAGAAAUUAAUUCCUUGCACCUUGUCAUCUGAUUUAUGCAUGCGGCAUGGUGCAACUUUAGCAGUUGGAGAAGUUAUUUUGGCUUUACACAAGUGUGGCUAUCUUCUUUCAACAGAUAAGCAAAAGCAAAUUGCUGGUAUAGUUCCUGCAAUUGAGAAAGCGCGUCUUUAUCGUGGGAAAGGUGGAGAAAUAAUGCGCUCUGCUGUUUCACGCUUCAUUGAGUGCAUUUCCUUGGCUCAUAUACAGUUGACAGAGAAAAUAAAGCGAAGUUUUCUUGAUACUCUUAAUGAGAAUCUGAGACAUCCUAAUUCUCAAAUACAGCAUGCUGCUGUUGAAGCCCUGAAGCGCUUCGUCUGUGCUUACCUUGUUGGAUUGGGAAAUAAAAGCAUUUAUGACAUUUUGCCGAGAUACCUUGAACAAUUAAGUGAUGCUAAUGUGGCUGCAAGACGAGGAUCUGCACUUGCACUAGGUGUUUUGCCUUCAGACAUUCUUGCUAGUCAAUGGAAAGUUGUACUUUUGAAGCUCUGUAGCUGUUGCGAAAUUGAGAAUAAUCCUGAAGAUCGGGAUGCUGAGUCACGGGUGAAUGCUGUCAAAGCACUUGUCUCAGUUUGUGAAACUUUAACUCAGGAAAUUGAGCAUUCUAGUUUCUUCUCUAGUGAAGAUGCUGUUUCUUUUCUUUUAUUUGUGAAAAAUGAAGUUAUGCAGAGUCUGUUUAAAGCUCUAGAUGAUUACUCUGUGGACAAUAGAGGUGAUGUAGGCUCUUGGGUUCGUGAGGCUGCCAUUGUUGGCAUUGAAAAGUGUACAUAUAUUCUAUGUCGUAGAAGUUCCUUGGUCUCUACAAGUCAAUUACAAGAAAGUAAAUCCAUUCCAGAAUGGCAGAACGAAGAUAAUAUUCCAGAUGAUGGGGUCCAAUCAUAUUUUGAUGCAAGUCUUUCAACUAGUUUGGUUGGUGGCCUUGUUAAGCAAGCGGUGGAGAAGAUGGAUAAGAUAAGGGAAUUAGCUGCUAAGGUUCUUCAAAGGAUUUUGUAUAGCAAUACGGUACCAGUUCCAUUUAUAGCUUGCCAAGAGAAAUUAAAAGAUAUAAUUCCUGAAAAAGCCGAUUCAGAAUGGGGGGAACCAGCUUUCUUAUAUCCUCGGUUUAUUCAGUUACUUCAGCUCAGUUGUUACAGUAAAUAUGUGAUAUCAGGGUUGGUUAUUUCUAUUGGUGGACUGCAAGAUUCUUUGAGAAAGGUGUCACUGAGUGCUCUGUUGGAUUAUCUUCAAGGGAAAGAAGCAAAGGAUAGGGAGUCGAGUCUCGCCUCUGAUAUUCUUUGGGUUCUUCAGAAUUACAAAAGAUGCGACAGAGUCACAGUACCAACUUUAAAGACUAUUGAGAUUCUUUUCAGCAAAAAGGUGUUCUUAAACAUGGAGGCAUAUACUCCAAUCUUUUGUGCUGGCAUUCUGGAUUCCAUCACAGUAGAGUUGAAAGGAUCUAAGGAUUUUUCGAAGUUAUACUCUGGGAUUGCAAUUCUUGGAUAUAUUGCUUCGCUUUCAGAUCUCAUUAAUAAGUGGGCCUUCACGCAUCUUCUGACUUUUCUUAGCCAUAGAUACCCCAAGAUUCGUAAGGCUACUGCAGAACAAGUGUAUCUUGUCCUCCUGCAAAAUGGGAGUUUGGUAGCAGACAUAAAUUUGGAGAAAGCACUUGAUAUUAUUUCAGAAACCUGUUGGGAAGGUGACUUUGAUGAAGUAAAACGUAAAAAGUUAGAACUCUGUGAUAUGGCAGAUGUUGAAGCUGGUCAGCUUCCUAAAGCUACCAGUGAACAAAACAACACUGUACAAAGGCGUGAAACACUUGAUGAAAACGCGUCAUAUUCCUCAUUAGUUGAAUCAGUUGGGUUUUAGAUAAUUCAGUCAAAACCAUUUGAGGAAGGAGAAAGAUGGUAGGGGUGUUUAUUAUGUAAGAAAGAUGCUGCGAGGAAUUGAAAUCUAUUGCGUGUCUUUUCUUUUUCA